AGGAUACCAAAAUUCACUUUCAAUGGCUGCAAUGCUCAGAUUCCACCUCUCCUCCUCUUCCUACAAACCAAUCUCCUUCUCCUCCUCAAUCUCCUCGACGGACCUCAACUCAAAGCUCUCUCUCCUCUCUCUCAACCCCUCUCCACACCCGCGAAAAUCCACCGUCAUCCGUAUGGGCGGCGGUCCAAGAACCUUCCCAGGCGGCGUCUCCAAGUGGCAGUGGAAAAGGAUGCAAGCCAAGAAGCAGAAACAGCUCCUCAAGGCGCGGUUAUCACGUGAACGCCAAAUCUACGAGAUGCGUAAACGCGCAGAGCUAAAAGCGGCGGUUGCUGAGCUUGAACGACCCUGGGAACCGGUUCAGAAACCUCCCAAUCUAUUCUCGGUUUGCGCCGACGAGCAGGUUAAGGUUUUAGCGGACCGGUUUCAGAAACCGGGCGGGUUUGAUCUCUGGACCGAGAGGGAUGGGCCGCAGGUGUUUGAGGCUGUGGAUGAUUUGCCUUCUGCGAGGUUUUUCCCUAAAGGUGUUGUUCAUAGUGUGAAGCCGUACCGGAGUUUGGGGAGCUCCGGUGAGUCGGAGGGAGAAGAGGGUUUGCGGAAACAGGAAGGAGUCAGUGGGAUGCGUCGUGGUCGGAGGGUGAAGAAGGAAGAAGGUAAGAGGGUGGAGAAGCGUGUUGUUAAUGGAGGUAAAUCAAGAAGAUCGUCUCAGGUAUACGAUAUGACAUUGCAGAACGAUGGGAGAUACGAAGUUGGAUCUUAGUUACUAAACUAGUGUUUCUUUUAUUUGUUGAUGUCUUUAUAUAAUCAGUGAUGAUGUCUGUGUCUGAAACAUAAACGUGUAUAUGUAAAACAUGUAACAGAUUAAUCACAGAACCUUUAGUUUUAGUAUUGUAUAUUUGUAUUUUUUCUCAGGUUUGUGUCUGCAAAACAAUAAGAACCUGUAGCUCUGUAGAAUGUUAGUCUUUAUGUGGUGGGAUUAGGACCGGUUCUGAGAUUUAUAGAAUUUGGAACAAUUAUGGAUUAAGG